CUCUCCAUUUAGAUUAAUUUGACAUGACUCACAUUAAUGAGAUCCUCCUUUAUUCAAACUUUAAAUAACUUUAAUAUCUGUUAGACAGUAUUGAUACCACCAUCUGUCUUUUACACUGAUGUAAAACAAUGAUAAUUUGGGAUAGCAGGGUGGUUGUCAAGUGGGUAGAAAAUGCUACUGUUGGGUGACCUAACGAAAGUGUUAAAUCUGAUCUGUGAUAACUUCAAAUUUGAAAUACAUUUCUGUAAUAUUCAUAAUGAUUUUGUUUACUGCAGACAAUGUCAAAUUCCUGGACCAUCCUCCAGGAGUCGUACUUCAACAUAAAGGGUAAAAUACAUAAGCCUAAAUUGAUGAUCGCAUUGAUAAGCACACAAAAACAUAUUGCACUAAUGCCAACAUUGAUAGGCGCUCAAAACAUUCGCACAAAAUGGUAGGUAUACUAUACCUUCGGAGUUCUAUCAAUAUUAUAAUUUUAGUACAGGGCGUUGCUAUGCAUAGGGCGAUAAACAGCAAUGCAACAACGGAUGAGACAUUUUAAUAACAAAUGGAUUUAAAUUAUAUUAAUGCAUUAAAAAUACAUCAUUCAUAAUAUAACCCAGAGGAAACUAAAUCUGAACGAAAGUAAUCGGUCUAUUUCGCAAGUUCACCAUUGAACAAUAGAACACGAAGUAAAAUUACAGGAUAAGUUUGCAAAUAAAAUUGAUCUCUAAUGACAAUAUGUUGAUAUACAAGACAAUAGUGAUAAUUUAUUCAUUUUUCAAUUACUUUUGCAGAGCUGCCGUCAUCGUUUCCUGUUCUCUCCCUUUUUAUUUUUUUUGUAUGCAUUGCAGUCCGUUAUCCAGAAAAAAAGUAUGCUACGCUCCGCGCAGAAAAUUCAGAUUUAAGGAUACUCUGCAAGAGAGCUACAUUUGCGUUGUCAAAGAAUGGAUUGUUGAAAAAUACUCCAAUAAGUUCAUAAAGGAUAAGGCGAGUGGGCGGUCCGAGGGUGACGAUGACUGCCAACAAAAGUUCCAAGGCUGCACCCCGAGCAAGAGGGGCUAAUGUGCCCCGGGACAUCCCCGACAGGUGCCAGUCUGCGUCCCCACCCCCCAUUCUCUCUGCCACACAGGGGCAGUGCCACGCCCCGCUCAGCGACAGCGAGGACAACAGGCAGCACGUCAGAUACGUCAAAACAGACGGCAGACUCUUGGGCCGGGCCGGCUGGAGCAGCAAGACCGCUAGCCUCUGCAGUGGAGCCUCCCUCUCCUGUGACUUACUGUCCCAGAGCCGACUUACCAAGUCCAAGAGCAUUAGCUGCCUGGACAACAAGCUCUCCAUCUACAAGCCCUCUGGUGGGGCUCCGGUGGGUCAGGAGYCCCAGGGGGGCCAGGAGGAGCAGAAAGAGAACCAGAAACAGGAGGACCUUCCUGGGGGYGGUGGACUGAGUGGUGGUCCCCUGAGCUGGAGCACCCUCUCCCUGGGACCUUCAUCCAACCACAGCCACAAGCGCACCCUCUCUCUCAGCCGCCCCGUGUCAGMGACAUCCUCUGUGGCCAUCCGUAAGAAGAUCUCAGAAUGGGAGUGCAGGAGGGUGGCUCUGCCUAGGAUGAGCCUGUGUCUGGAGAAGAGGCCUGUAGGUGAGCGUGUGGGCGGCAGCGAGGGCUGCCCCAGCCUCCUCCCCUCACCUUGCAGUGAGAAGACCUUUGACUUCAAGAGCAUCCGGAGGAUGAGUAAAGCUUUCUCCGAGUGCUCCUAUCCAGAGACAGAGGAAGAGGAGGCAGCCUCAGACAGGGAGUGUCAGGGCCGCUUCCAGAAGAGGCCAGGAAAGACAGACUCCUCUGCGUUAUUCCUGAGCUCCCUGUCUGCUCGGAAGGAAACGUCUGCUGUACUCAAUCGGAUACAAAAGAUCGAGAAGGUGCUGAAGGAGAGCCCCAUCCAGCCACCGCGGUAUCUUAGUAACUGCUAUGCACCAGACAAAACGAGACAGAAGUGUUUUACGAUAGGUGGGGUCGAGGACUUGGACAGUAGGGGCACCAGUAAACGCAGCAGUAUAUGUUCCGUGGUCACAGAACCAGACGCCCUGCCAGCCUCUGAUAAACUCUCCAGACAGAGGUUCAGUAUGAGCUCAACCCGGUCAGAGACCGAGAGCCCAGAGCUCCCCUGUCAACAGACCCCGGAGGGCAUGCCAGUCAACCCCCUGCCCAAACCUAAACGCACCUUUGAGUACGACGCCAACCGCAACCACAAGGGCACGUCGCCAAGCAAUGGACUACCUCCUUGCAGUGCUUCUGAGGAGUCACCACCCCUGCUGCCCACCACCCCAGCACCCAACAUGACGCGAAAUCUGACAAAGGACAGGAGCUCCCCCAAGAGACUCCAGGACAGGGAGUCAUGUGAGUUGGAGGAUGCUGCCAGCCUGGCCUCCUCGUACCCGUCCUCUCACACAGAGAAUGGCACUGUUUCCACAGAGACUCGCAGCAGCAGCCGGCCCAGCUCCAAAAYCACUUUAGAGGAGAACGCCUAUGAGGACAUAGUGGAGAAGGAGAACCCGUACGAGGACGUGGACCUGAAGAGGAGGAGUUUGGGUCGGAAGAACCGCUUGGUACCYGAAAGCAACCGGACCUGGACCUCCCAGAAACUCAACUCACCUCCUCAGCUGCCCUCUCAGCCCAGUAGUCAGUCCCUGCGCCUCUCUGGUCCCACAGACAAGAAGAGUCACCGUGCGUCCCACCUGUCCAAGCGACACAGCCAUGAUGACAUGCUGCUGCUGCCGCCCCAGCUGGGGGUCUCUCCCUCCCCCUGCUGCCUGCUGGAUGACAGCCUGAGCAGCGCCAGCGACACCCUGGCCUCCCGUAGGCACCGGAGGAUCCCCAAGAUGGUCCAGAGAAUCAACUCCAUUUACUCUACCAAGAGAGGGAAGAAAAGGCUGAAGAAGCUGUCCUUGUCUAAUAUUGAGACGGCAUCUCUGAGAGAUGACAACAGCGAGAGUGAGAGCGACUCUGAUGACAGGUUCAAAGCCCACACCCAGAGGCUGCUGAAGCUGCAGUCAAUGCUGCGGAGGGCCCCUAGCUACCGCACACUGGAGCUGCAGCUGAUUGAGUGGCAGGAGAGGGAGCUGUUUGAGUACUUUGUGGUGGUGUCCCUCAAGAAAAAGCCCACCAAGAACUCCUUUUCUCCCGAAGUCACCUACCAGUUCCCCAAGGUAAGGGAACAACCAAACUGUAUUCUGGACCCUCGAGUCCCUUGGUCAUGGGUCAGACAGCAGUGUCAAGUCCCUUAAGUGAGAGAGAGG